CGGGCGGGAGUUCCGCGCGGCCUUUUCCUCGCGACAGCGGCUAACCGCGAGAACUGCUCGACUUCGGUGUUAGGCGUGGACGCGAUUCUGAGUCUACACGACCGAUCCACUCGUUCCUGUCUCCUGUCACCGCGGAUCUCGUCGCGUUAGCGCGUCAGGAUGGAGCUGAUCACAAUCCUCGAGAAAACCGUGUCUCCAGAUCGGAAUGAGCUGGAGGCGGCGCAGAAGUUUCUGGAGCAGGCGGCCAUCGAGAACCUGCCGACCUUCCUGGUGGAGCUGUCCAAGGUGUUGGCUAACCCCGGGAACACGCAGGUGGCACGAGUCGCCGCCGGGCUACAGGUCAAGAACUCCCUGACCUCGAAGGACCCGGAUGUGAAGACGCAGCACCAGCAGAGAUGGCUGGCCAUCGACACCAGCGCCCGCCGGGAGAUCAAAAACUACGUGCUGCAGACUCUGGGAACAGAGACCUAUCGGCCCAGCUCGGCCUCUCAGUGUGUGGCUGGCAUCGCCUGCGCCGAGAUCCCUGUCAAUCAGUGGCCCGAGCUCAUCCCUCAGCUGGUGGCCAACGUGACGGACCCCAGCAGCACAGAGCACAUGAAGGAGUCCACGCUGGAGGCCAUCGGAUACAUCUGCCAGGACAUCGACCCCGAGCACCUUCAGGACAACGCCAACCAGAUCCUGACGGCCAUCAUCCAGGGCAUGAGGAAGGAGGAGCCCAGCAACAACGUCAAGCUCGCCGCCACCAACGCGCUCCUCAACUCGCUGGAGUUCACCAAAGCCAACUUCGACAAGGAGGUACUAACCGAAGCUGUCUUUAGCACAUGUAAUGUAUGGGGUCCUGUAGAAAUGGCUGAUCUCUGGUACAGUGGAUGGAUGUGCUCUCACCUGCUGCUCUGUGUUCAGAUCACAAUAGAGGCCAUGAAGAGUGACAUCGAUGAAGUGGCCUUACAGGGAAUCGAGUUCUGGUCCAACGUCUGCGACGAGGAGAUGGAUCUGGCCAUUGAGGCCACUGAGGCCUCUGAACAGGGCCGUCCUCCAGAGCACACCAGCAAGUUUUACGCUAAAGGAGCUCUGCAGUACCUGGUGCCCAUCCUGACACAGACGCUCACCAAACAGGAUGAGAACGACGACGAUGACGACUGGAACCCGUGUAAGGCUGCGGGCGUGUGUCUGAUGCUCCUGGCCACGUGCUGCGAGGACGACGUGGUGCCGCAUGUGCUGCCCUUCAUCAAAGAGCACAUCAAGCACCCGGACUGGCGCUACCGCGACGCCUCCGUCAUGGCCUUCGGCUCCAUCCUGGAGGGCCCCGAGCUCAGCCAGCUCAAGCCGCUGGUCAUCCAGGUAAGGACUGUCAGGCCAGACGGGCAUCAGAAUAACCUGCGGAGUGCAGCGUAUGAGGCUCUGAUGGAGAUCGUGAAGAACAGCGCCAAGGACUGCUACCCCGCGGUACAGAAGACCACGCUGGUCAUCAUGGAGCGACUGCAGCGGGUCCUGCAGAUGGAGUCUCACAUCCAGAGCACGUCAGACAGGAUCCAGUUCAACGACCUGCAGUCCCUGCUGUGUGCCACCCUACAGAACGUGCUGAGGAAGGUGCAGCAUCAGGACGCGCUGCAGAUCUCAGACGUGGUGAUGGCAUCUCUGCUGCGCAUGUUUCAGAGCACCGCCGGCUCGGGGGGCGUUCAGGAGGACGCUCUCAUGGCCGUCAGCACGCUGGUGGAAGUUUUGGGCAGUGAUUUCUUGAAGUACAUGGAAGCCUUCAAGCCUUUCCUGAUUAUCGGCCUGAAGAAUUUCGCGGAGUACCAGGUGUGUCUGGCUGCAGUGGGGCUGGUGUGUGAUCUGUGCCGAGCGCUGAUGGCCAACAUCCUUCCUCACUGUGAUGAAAUCAUGCAGCUGCUGCUGGAGAACCUGGGUAACGAGAAUGUGCACCGGUCUGUGAAACCUCAGAUCCUGUCUGUGUUUGGGGAUAUUGCUCUUGCCAUUGGUGGUGAAUUCAAGAAGUACCUGGACAUUGUGCUGGACACUCUGCAGCAGGCCUCGCAGGCACAGGUGGACAAGACGGACUAUGAUAUGGUGGACUAUCUGAACGAGCUGCGAGAGGGCUGUCUGGAAGCGUACACCGGGAUCAUCCAGGGCUUGAAAGGAGACCAGGAGAACGUGCACCCUGAUGUAAUGCUGGUACAGCCUCGUGUCGAGUUUAUCUUGUCUUUCAUUCACCACAUUGCUGAGGAUGAAGACCGAUCCGAUGGAGUUGUUGCCAAUGCUGUCGGCCUCAUCGGUGACCUGUGUACAACCUUUGGAAAAGAUGUGAUGAAGCUGGUGGAGGUUCGACCUCAGAUCAACGAUCUGCUGUCUGAAGGCCGGAGGUCCAAGACCAACAAGACCAAGACCUUAGCCACGUGGGCCACGAAGGAGCUCCGCAAGCUGAAGAGCCAAGCCUGAUUACCGGCCGUGGAGCUUCUACCAAGAAUAAUGGAAAUCAAACCCACUGAGGUUUCUUCUGUCUUUUACACAUAGACGUCAAAGCAGAAGUGACGUGUGCGCUGAGAUGAGUGUCUGAGAAUGAGUGAGAAAGAGUGAGAGAGAGACAUCACACCACCUUCAGAGUUCAACUCCAGCAGCAGCAGAACAACUCAGCGGCCACCACCUUCCCCUCAUCAAGCCCUCUUCUCAUGUGUCUCUGACCCCACUAAUAAACUAUUCCACACCAUCCACAUUCUCCCUUUGAAAAGCUAGUGCAUCAUAUUAGUGCACGCUUGCCAGCCUGUCUGCGUUUAGCUCAAGAAAGGAAUACAUCUGUGGGACUGCAGAUGUUCCCUAUUACGCAACACAUUUGUCAGAAGACACAAACAAAAAGAAGGAAGUGAUGCUGCUGGAGUUUGUAAUGGCGUGACUGGAGUGUGAGUGUGUGAAUGAACGGAGGGGGUCGCUGGCUCCACAUCCCCUCUUUCUAUUUCAACCAAUAAUAAAUAAACAUGAUCAAUAUCUUGUUUGCAAAUUCAGUGAGAUGCACUUGUGUGAACCGGAGAGCGGCAGGUGGUCAGGGAUGGGCAGCACUCGGGUGAUCUGGCGACGAGCGCUCAUCCUGCUUUCCCAAAGUCAAUUGCUGCGCUAUAUUUUUUUUUCCCCCUCCUUUUUAAAAAAAAAAAAUAGAAUUACAAAUAAAUGGUUGUGUUAUUAGUAUGCUAGCAUGGAUGGUGCAGAUAGACACCUGCCACAAGACUCUUGCCACUGGAGGUGCAGGUUCUAGCAGAGCAGUCCAUGUUCAAGGGGUGCAGGAAUUAGACACUUCCACUUCCUCCUUUAUUCUCCUUCAUUUGUUUUGCAGGGAAAUGAGUGCCAAAUCCAUGCGGAUACCACUGGACUUGAGCUUAAUGUGUUGACACGUAGAAGAUGCGAAAUAAACAUGUCAACGAUGUCACAAUCUGAUUUGCAUUGAUGUGCUUUGGUUGUAAUUUUUUUCUUCUCGCGGCACUUAAUUGGAGUCAUUCACCAAGCUUUUAAAAAAAGAAUGAACAGAAUCAGACGUUUGUAUGAGGUUAUAUUUUUCCAUUGAUAUGAAAAUAAAAUAAAAUUGAACCUU